AUGACUUCGGCUCAAUCGGCACUUUUAAAUAUCGAUUUACUAUACAUAAUAUUUUCAAAUUUUGAAUAUCAGGAUGAUUUAUUUAAUGGUUUGCUUGUACAUUCUUAUUGGGCUUUGGCUAUCAUUGACAAAUUAUGGAAGAAACCAACUUGGAAAUCUUAUAAUGUCUUUCAAAAGUUCAUAAGAACACUUCGAAGUUCCUCCACAACUUCAUUUAAUUAUGGACAUUUUGUACAACAAAUAACAUUCGCUUCAUAUUCAUCAUAUUAUCCAGAAAUUUCAAUACCAAUAUCUGAUGUAAAAAUCCUUUCUGAAAAGUGUAAAAACAUAAAGCAUCUUACUUUUAACCGCGUUUACUCGGCCGAAACGAUAGAAAUGUUCUUGGUAAAUUGUCCUGGAUUAAUCACAUUUGCAAUAUCCGGUCAUAAACUUCCUUCUUUAGGUGAUGCGUUACGACCAAUUAGAGAUGGCAAGUGUUCAAAGCUUCAACAUUUAGAAUUAUCAAACUGGAGAUCUGAAUGGAAACAUGAUAUCUUAAGAGAUGUGGGGAACAGAUGCCCUUUACUUACAACUUUAAUAACCUCUUGUUUAGUAACAAAUACUUUAGCCACUACUAUAGUCAAUUCAUUUCCUAAUUUAAAAAGUUUUAGAUGUAAUAAUAUUACCGGUGCGGGUUUUACCAUCUUAACCACAGGUUGUUCAAAAUUAAAAUGUUUAUCAUUGGAAUUUCCUUAUCUUAGUUCUGAGACUGCAUUGGCUGUAGCGAUAGAUUUUCCUCCUUUAGAGUCGUUUAGUUUAAGAUUUGGUUCUUAUAGUGGAUUUGAAUAUUUCGCUAGAUUAUGGGUGCAAGGACAACCAUAUCUUCAACAUAUCGAACUGGACUCAGCUUAUGGGUUAUCGGAUGAUUCUUUUUUACCAAUUGCAAGAUAUUGUCAUCAAUUAGAAUCCGUGGAAAUCAGAUCUUGCACCAGCUUAUCGGAUUGUUCGAUAAUGGCAUUAGCAAAGUAUCGAAAUAAUAAAUUAAAAAGGUUCACCAUAAUGCAUUGUAACCAAUUAACAGACUUGGGUUUAAGUGAUUUGGCUGAAAAUUGUAAAAAUUUAAGAAAAUGUACGAUAUUCGGAUGUUUGAAUAUUACUCAUUUAAGUUUAACGAACAUCGUAAAGAAUUGCAAAAGAUUACAGGAAUUUGGUUUUACAAACAGACCAAGAAUGACUCCUACCAUUGUAACGGAAUUGAUUAAGAAUAAUUAUGAAAGUUUUCUCGAAGUUUUAGAUAUUAGGAGUGAUGAUCUGGCUACUGCUGAUUCUACUGUGAAUAAGCCUUGUCCAAAAUUUGAUUUAAAUUUGAUGGAAAGUUUAGCCGAAAAAUGUCAUAAUAUUAGAACAUUAGGUUUAAGGUUUAACAUGAUAGGAUUAAGUCCCGAUGAAUUAAUACAAGUGACGCAUAAAUUUCAUAAAUUAGAAAUAUUGACAAUUGGUAGUAAAGAAUUUAAAAAGGAGCAUAUAAAGGAAUUGGAAAUACACAGUAGAUUAAAAGAAGUUAAAUUUGUAGGAAAUUCCGUCUUAGACCAAGAUGCUAGAAUUUAUCUGGUUUAUAGAAAAAGUAAAGAAAGAUAUCAAGGUCCUUUUAUUACUUCAUGUUUAUAA